AUGGAUGUGAAAGCCAUCAAUAUAGAUCGAGGCAAUGACAAGAACAGUGAGGUUGCUCAGAAGAAGAGUAAUGUAGCUGAGAAGGAACACUCUGUUGAACUACGGCAAGUGGAUCAGCUGUCUGAUAAAAGGGUUACUACUCAGGGAACUGUAGAUGGGAGUUUGGUUUCGGUGAGCUGUCAAGAUAAUGCUGCUUUGAAUACUGUUGGUGGAAAUCAGAAAACGUGGAAGCAAGUAGAGGGGAGGGGAGUGAAAGCGGAAAGUGAUCAGCAGCAACUGCAAAAGCUUCAGGAGGUUCUGGCAUCGCAACCAGGGAAUGAGAAUCUGCAAAUGCAAGAGAGAAGAGCUUAUGAAAAGGCCAUUUAUUCUAGCAAAGCAGCAUUAAGUUUCCUUAAGCAGAAGGCCAAAGAAGAAUGGUUGGUAGCAGGGGAUGAGAAUACUGCAUUUUUCCAUUCCAAACUGAAAGCUAGGAACAUGAGGAAUCGUAUUUGGUCUAUAGUUGAUGGAGAAGGAGAGCUGAUAAAUAACUGGGACCAAUUAGAGAAGCAUUUCAUAUCUUUUUAUAAGGCACAAUUAGGCCAAUCCACCAAAAGGAAAGUUGCAGAUUAA